AUGGCAGACAUCGAACCCAAGUUCUCCAACAUAGACGAGAAGCCUGGCGCCAGCAAGCUGGCCACCGAGGACGCCAGCUCCCACCAUGGCUCCCUUCACAUCGUCUCCAAGCUCGAUGCCGACGAGGGCAAAGUCACCAACCCUCUCGCCGGUCUCUCCAAACAGCAGCUCCUUCGCAAUGUCGAGGCUUUCGCUCAGGAGAAAGGCCUGACCGACGACGUUGAGAUGCUCAAGAAGGGCGCUCUCCUCGCUCAGCGACCCGCGGAGUAUCGCGACAUUGACGAGCUCACUCAAGACGAGAAGGAUGCAGUCGCUCACGAGUACGCCAACAAGUGGUCGCACCCCCUCCUCUUGUACGUCACCAUCUUUGUCUGCUCGAUCGGCGCUGCAACGCAAGGUUGGGAUCAGACCGGUUCCAACGGCGCCAACCUUUCGUUCCCUCUAGAAUUCACCAUCCCCGAGUCACCUUCCGAGGGUCUCCUUCCGGGCCAGCCUGGCUACACGUCUGUUGCGGAUGCCGAGCGUAACCAGUGGCUCGUUGGUCUCGUCAACGCCGCACCCUACAUCGCCAGUGCUAUGCUCGGCUGCUGGCUCUCCGACCCGCUCAACAACAUGUUCGGUCGUCGAGGAUGCAUCUUUAUCACGGCCCUCAUUCUGAUCAUUACCCCGAUCUGCUCAGGUCUCACGCGUAACUGGUGGGAGCUCUUCAUUGUCCGUCUGAUCCUCGGAGUUGGUAUGGGUGCCAAAGGUUCGACCGUCCCCGUUUUCGCUGCCGAGAACUCGCCUCCCCAGAUCCGUGGUGCCCUCGUCAUGGGCUGGCAGCUGUGGACCGCGUUUGGCAUCUUCCUCGGUUUCCUCGCCAACGUUGCGGUUGCAGAUGUCGGCAAGAUCGCGUGGCGACUGCAGCUGGGCUCGGCGUUCAUCCCGGCCUUGCCUCUCGCCAUUCUCAUUUACUUCUGCCCGGAGUCGCCUCGCUGGCUCAUGAAGAAGAACCGCUAUCCUCAGGCUCUGCGCUCGCUCAUCCGCCUUCGUCACAACAAGAUCCAGGCCUGCCGCGACCUCUACUAUAUUCACGUCCAGCUCGUGGAGGAAAGCAAGGUCAUCCGCGGUGAAACCUACGUCAGGCGAUUUAUGGAGCUGUUCACCAUUCCUCGCGUUCGUCGAGCCACCGUUGGUGCGACCACCGUGAUGCUGGCGCAGCAAAUGUGCGGAAUCAACAUCCAGGCCUUCUACUCGUCGACCAUCUUCAAACAGAGCGGAUCGACGGAGAAACAAGCUCUCUACGCCUCGGUAGGAUUUGGUGCGAUCAACUUUAUUUUCGCCUUCCCUGCUUUGAUCACCAUCGAUACUUUUGGUCGCCGAAGCCUUCUGCUUUUCACUUUCCCUCAGAUGGCUUGGACCUUGCUUGCCGCAGGUCUCUGCUUCCUGAUCCCCGGCGAGAACAGCAAAGUGCGACUUGGUCUUGUCGCCCUGUUCAUCUAUAUCUUUACGGCUUUCUAUUCGGUCGGCGAAGGCCCGGUUCCUUUUACGUACUCGGCCGAGGUCUUCCCUCUGGCUCAGCGAGAGCAGGGCAUGGCAUGGGCUGUAGCAACCUGCUUGUUCUGGGCUGCAGUUCUCAGCAUUACCUUCCCGCGAAUGCUUCGUGCCAUGACGCCAACGGGAGCCUUCGGAUUUUAUGCCGGGCUCAACGUGAUGGCGCUUACUCUCAUCUGGUUCUUCGUGCCGGAGACUGCUUGCUACACGCUCGAGGAGCUUGACGCUGUCUUCAGUGUGCCUCACAAGACGUUUAUCAAGCACCAGAACACCAAGGUUUUCCCUCACUGGUUCAAGACGCAGGUGCUCAGGAAGAAGAACGUCGAGCCACCGGCUCCUCUUAUCGAGCUCGACAUCAACCUGGUCGGCGCUGGAGAGAAGCGUGUCGACAACUCGAUGGCCUGA